AUGCAGGAGACGUCGGCGAGGUACCCAGCGAGAAAGAGUAUGGCCAUGCCUAGGGUGGUGUGUGCUCUCUUAUUCGUUCUCUACGCCCUCUCGCGCACAAGCCCCUCCACCGCCCACGAUAACAACAUCAUGCUCACCGGGGAUGUCCUCUGUCCUGACUGCCAGCUCUCCUACCUCGACGCUACCUUCACCAUGCAAAGCGACUGCAACCUCGUUUUUUACGAGCAGAGCGAGGCGACUUUCUAUUCCGAUACCUACGACCAGGGCCACGUUAACUGCACCGUCUCCCUCAACCAAUACGGUCAACUGGUCAUCUCCGCCCCCGACGGCACCACAGUCUGGACUUCUGGAACCCCCGCCAGCGAAGGCAGGUAUGCGGCCGUGCUCAGACCCGACAAACAAGUUGGCAUCUACGGCCCGGUCGUCUGGUCCGCCCCUGACACCGGGUCCGCCAGUGAUGUGCUCAUGGACGACGGCGAGGAGGGGGAGUCCGAUGACGAUGUCAUUCCGACGGUUGACAACACCUUAUUCUCAUCCGACAUUCUCGGCGAAAACGAGGGGCUUGCAACCAGGGAUUAUUCCCUGACCAUGCUUGAAAGUUGCAGUUUGGAGCUCGUCAAGGGCGAGUCCCAGUACCUGUGGGUGUCGGGCAGUGUAGGCCGAGGCAAGCACUGCUUUCUCAGGCUUAAUCGCAUGGGCCAGCUCACCAUCAAAGACGACGAGUAUCAGAGCAUAUGGUCGACCAAGCCUUCGCCACGAGGGGAUGGCGACUACGUGCUGAUCCUCCAGUCCAAUGGCCAAGCUGCCGUCUAUGGACCUUUAAUCUGGGCCACCGGUGGCUACUAUCAAACCACUCCUUUUGCAUUCUCUCCGGCUCCGAUAUCUUAUUAG